UUGUCAAGUUUUCGAGGGGUGCUAUCUCUCUCUCUCUCGACCUCAAAAAUGAGUUCUACAGCAUUGAAAAAAUCACUCACGGAUGCCUACAUGGCAUUUCGCGAGGAAUUUCACGGGGAAAGGUUUGGCACUGUUUCGGAUGACGAAGUUAAUGUACCACUCGACAGAGAGGAGUACGAUGCCAUCGAGCUCAGAACGAGUUUGAAAUCAAGCGAGCAUAAACACAGAGAUCAAGAGGCCAUCAAUUUGGCGGCGGCACCGAUAUGGCUGGGCUUAGUGAAGCCCAUAGAGAGAAAGCUAGAAAGCAUUGAGAACGAUUUGACGGCAUUUUCUAGGAAGUUAGAUCAAGGCGAUUCAUUUGGACUGAGUCGAAAAGAAGAACAAGAAGUGCUCAUGUCACGAUCGAGACAAAUAACGAAUGCCUUUAAAGCUGCAAAAAUGGAAGUUACUAGCCUCAACAACUAUACGGACAUGAAGCCGCAGGAGGCCUAUAUGAGAAAGAAUAUUAUGAGCUUGCUGGUAUUGAAGUUGCAGGACCAAAUGAACAGACUCAGUAAGUUGCAGUUCUUACAUCAAGAAAAGCUCACUGUGAAGAAGAAGGCGACCAAAUAUGCAGUUCCAAUAGCCCUCGACAUUGGAGACCAAUACCUGAUUAAUCAGGAUGUGGACGAGGAUGAUGAGGACGAUGAAAUGAUUAGCAGAUAUGACAUUGGAUUUACUCAAGAGCAACAGAGUAAAAUAGAGCUGGAAAGAAUCCAAAUAGAACAAAGAGAGCAACAAAUCAACGAGAUAGCGGAACAGGUUGAAGAGCUGGCAGUGAUGUUCAACGAUGUUGCACAGUUGAUUCACAAUCAGGGAACUUUGUUGGACAGAAUUGAUUACAACAUUGACAACGCGGAUCAUAGCAUUACAAAGGCUCAAAGCGAACUCAGAAGUGCGGUGAAGAAAGAAAGGGGGUUUUCAAAGUGUUUAUGUUGUCUGUUAUUAUCGGUGUUGAUAUCUGGCACGACAGUUAGCGUGUUGGUCGGAAAAAAAUAA